AUGGCUAGCGUAGAUUUGUUUUUUGCUCAUGUCAUGGUAGCCACGCCAGCACCCCGUAACCCGCCGGUGCGUAUCGUGGAGACUACUUCGGGCGGCAAGCUUGUUGUCCACCGGCCCAACAACGGAAACCUGCCGUUCGUCGGCAUUCCUAUCCCCGACUACUUCUUUCCUUGGCAGAGGAUAGACCAGGAUGGCAAUCUCAUCGAGGAUGACUCCCCCGGCCGUGGCCGCCUAAGCCACCCGAACGAACAACUCGGCGGAGUUCAGGACGUCCUAGACUCGAGCAGCGGUUUAACGUCCUACUGCUCGGAAUAUUGGUACGGCUCUCUCUGGCGCCAGGUGAGGCGGCGGCGGCGGCGGCCUUCCACGAUGUUGGCGGCGUGGACCUCGGAGGCCAUGCGGCGCCUGCGAGAAGCUGAUGCGGGCGAGGGCGAGGGGGUCUUGGAAGCGAACGAGGAGAUCUCCGCAGUAGAGGCUGUUGAGGCGGCGGCCCGCGCUGGGGAUGCGGGCAUGGUCGGCUUUGCGUGUACGAAGAGGAGUUGGAACCAAAUCUCGCGCGUCUUCCACGCUAUCAUGGAUGGCGGAUAUGCAUCAUUCAUGAUGCUCCCCCGCGCCGUCACGGACGUGAUUGGCGAGUACGAAGACGGAGACUUGAACAGCUUCAUGAUCCUCGCCAUCAUCAAGAACGACGCCGGCGAAGUUGUAGGACGACUUGAGCUUAUCAAGAGCUCGGACAACGGCGCGUACCUCGUUAACGAAGACUCCGUCAACAGUCUCAUCACUCUCUUCGAGAGCAACAGCGCUCCCAAGGUCGUCUUUGUUGGCUUGAUCGAUGGACAGGCCAACGUCCUUAGCGUUGUGUACCUCCCCAACGAGGACAAAGUUUAG